GAGGAUGCUGCCGGCAGCUCAUCUCUCGUCCGGUGGGAGAGGUUUCUGCCGAAAUUGGCUUUGAGAGUGUUGUUGGUGGAAGCUGAUGAUUCCACUCGACAGAUCAUUGCUGCGCUUCUCAGGAAAUGUAGCUACAAAGGUUGCUUUUAAUUUUCUGUGAUUGCUCUUAUUUUUAGCUUUUGAGAUUUUGAUUAUAAGGCAUGCAGUGUGUUGGGGAUAUGUUUGGUUAGGUAUUUUGUUGAUUAGCUAUUUUGAAUUUUAGGUGAAGCUAGGGUUGAUUGGUUAGUUAUAUAUAGCUUCUAUAUAGGAAAGGUGGAAAAAGGUUUAUUGUUUCUGCAAAUCCUGAAAGCCUCUCAAGGUGAUCAUUUCAUAUGCUUAUAUGAGUAAAUCAUGUGGUUGUGUAUUGGCACCAUUGAGUCUGUUGUCACAAGAAUUUGGAAAGCUUGGAUCCAUCGUACCGAUACUUGGAACUGAAAUUGUUGAUUUGGACGUUUGAAUUUACGCUGACACUUGAAAUUAGAAACAUAUUCGCAGGAUAUAUUUAUUCGCUUUCGAAUUCUGCUAGCAUUUAAGGAGCUUUAUAUGUGGCAAAGAGGAUAAUCUCUAACUUGCAGCAACCAGGUUGAGCUGGAGAGGUAAAAGAUGCAUCGAACUUGAACUUGGGCCGUGGCCUUCAAUCUUUAGAUACGUUUGUUUUUAGCCAGCUGGGUGUAGAUUUGCAGUUAUAUUUUGUUAAUAUCUAUGUCAGUUUAAUUCUGAGCUGUACAAGGUCAGAACAAUAAAUUUGGUAGACAACGCUUUCAUUCCUUCAGGAAAGAGGAUAUGAUCUAUAUACAGUUAUCUUUCUGCCCUCAUGGUGUUCAUUAUGAUGGUCAAUCAUCAAUAAAAGAAUAAGCUCGAUACCUACUAAGUUCUGGUUGGAAAUACCUGCUUAAAAGAUGUGAUGUGAAUUGCAUCCUGUUUAUCAAAUACUGAGUCCUUCUGUGCAUUCUUUUAUCUCACUCCAGCUAAUUAUUGACGUAAGUAGUUUCCUGUCGUGGUUCAGAUAAUGCCAGCUAAACUCCUGGAUAGUUGAAUCUCAACUGACAGGGGCUUUAAUGAGAUACUGCAAAUUUGGUCAUCAGUACCUGUUUAUGUUUGGACGAGGGAAAUGCUCUACGAGGGAUUUCUUGCGUCCGAGCUUUACUUCCGGCAAUUUAACGUUUCUGUUGCGGCAGUAUCUGAUGGUUUAAAAGCAUGGGAGGUAUUGAAAGCGCGAGCUGAGAACAUUGAUCUUAUUCUGACAGAAGUUGAAUUGCCAUCAAUCUCUGGAUAUGCUCUUCUCACUUUAAUUAUGGAGCAUGAUAUUUGCAAAAAAAUUCCAGUGAUAAUGAUGUCUUCAUAUGACUCGGUCAGUAUAGUUUACAAAUGCAUGCUGAGAGGUGCAGCUGAUUUUCUCGUAAAGCCUGUAAGGAAAAACGAGCUCAGGAACUUGUGGCAGCAUGUGUGGAGGAAACAAGUUCAGUCAAGUGGUGCUGGCCGUGUACCUCUGGAUGAGAGCAUGGCUCAACAAAAGAUCGAAGCUACAGCUGAGAACAAUGCUACUAGUAAUCAUUCAAGUCAACAGAAAAUUGAAGCUACAGCUGAGAACAAUGCUGCUAGUAAUCAUUCGAGUGGUUAUAGGGCAUGUGUUCAGAGAAAUAGGGAGUGCAUCGAGAAAGGAACCGAUGCCCAGAGUUCAUGCACAAGACCAGAGCUGGAAACUGAUGAACCAGAUGUUGAGCAUCUGCAUUCCCUCUUACAACCAAAAACCAAUAAAUGUCUUUCAGACGACGUAAAUAUUUAUGUGCACAAAGAAUCUCAAGAAGAAAUUAGAAGAACAAUAGCUCAUGAUAAUGAGGGGGGAGGGCUGCAGACUGUGGCUAGCAUAGAUGUUAGCAAUGAAACGACACGAGGACAGGACAAGAACUCUGCUUCGGAACAAGUUAAUGUCAAUGGUCAGAGUUCUAUGAAUAGUCAUGUCAGAGAGGCUAUUGACUUAAUUGGAGCUUUUAGUAACUGUUGUAAAGGCACUUUGCCCAGUCCCGCCUCAAAUACUAGCACAAACAAGUUCGAUAUGUUGCCCCUGUUGGAUCUGUCUUUGAGAGGAUCUCAUCCUAGUGGCUCAGUGAAUCAAGAAAAUGACGAAACCCACAGGAUAAACCAUUCUGAUGCAUCAGCAUUCUCUCGGUAUGUGAACAAGUCAUUGCCCAACUCCACAUCUCGAAGCACUUGUAAUCAACAGAAAGACCUCGAGACCAAUUCUGAGAAACAACAAUCCAAUCAUACCCCUGAGUAUACUUCCGAUGCACAUGGUUCGAGAAUAAGCUCACAGAAAUAUGCUUCCGUGACUGGGAUCCAACCCGAACUACCUGAAACUCCAUUUUCCGACCCUCAGCUAAAAGAAACAUCUCAACCAUUUCCAGUUAGAGGCGUAAGAUUUGAAAAUGUGAUCAACGGAUCAGGUGCUGUGAUGCCUGAAAUGCAUUCUGCACAGUCUGGCCUGUCGCCUUUGCCUAGUCCAGGCGCAGCUAGUAACUCACAACCUUUUGCUUAUUCGAAUCCUUUCCAUCAAGCAGACCAUCAGCCCGCAAAUUCCCAGAGUGUCCGUGACCUUCUUGAUCAAAGGAUCAACUGUACCAUGCAUCAGACUGAUAAUAAACAAGGGCAGGAGCAGGAAACUUUUGAGGAUACAGGACAUGUUUCUUUUGCCAAUGAUCAGAGUCGUAACAGUGGUUUCUAUAACAGCUAUACAAGCCACCAUCACAGCAUAGGUUCUGGUGACAUUGGCAAGAUUAAUUCGAUCUCAGUUGUCAAUGCCACAUCAGAUGCUGCUAGCGAAGAUGGAGUUCAUGUUCAUGAUAGUACAUCAAGCCGUUCCGUGCAAAGAGAAGCAGCUCUAACAAAAUUCAGACUGAAGAGGAAGGAAAGAUGCUUUGAGAAGAAGGUGCGCUAUGAAAGCAGAAGGAAGCUGGCUGAGCAGUGUUAGUUAAUAGCCGUAUCCCGUCCCUGGAUAUAAUGUUAGUUAAUAGCCGUAUCCCGCCCCAUCACUCCCGAUACAUCCAUUCCACAAUUCUUUCAAGAUAAUCGACGUACAUUGCCCCUUGUUUGGAAACCACCAGCCAGUCAUAUCACUAUACUUUAUUUAAAUAAAUUGAAUUACUUUUGUUGUUGA